UGAAAUCUCCCAAACUAUAAUAAAUAUGCAAUCCCGGCUUCGGUCAAUUACAAAACACAACGUCUCCACGUUCCGGCGGCAUUAUGUCUCUGAGAUCGCCGGCUCUCUUGGGGAUCUUGGGACUUUUCUUCCCAUUGCACUAGCCCUCGCCUCGAAUGGAACGGUCUCCCUUGCAAGCACUUUUAUAUUCUCUGGUCUAUUCAACAUUUUGACGGGACUCUUCUUCGGCCUUCCACUGCCAGUGCAACCAAUGAAAGCCAUUGCCGCAAUGGCUCUCGCUCAGUCCUUCUCUCCCGGCUCCAUCGCAGCUGCGGGGAUCUUUGUGGCUGUUGUUCUCUUCGUGGGGAGCGUGACCGGGUUACUCGAAUGGUUUACCCGCGUAAUUCCUAUUCCCGUCAUCAAGGGAAUCCAGGUCGGCGCUGGAUUGUCUUUGGUGAUGGCAGCCUGCACAACCCUGCAUAGCCUUGGAUGGAUUCACCCUUCGUGGGCCGACAAUCGCCUCUGGGCGAUUGGUGUCUUUGUCGCGCUUCUUCUCACCAACUCCGCUGCCAGACGUCUGCCGUACGCCCUUGUUGUCUUUAUCAUAGGUAUAAUCCUGGCGAUCAUCCGUAGCGCGCUAUCGUCCCAUCUUCCCUCAUUUGCAUUCUGGCAUCCGCAUAUUGUGGUUCCAGUCGGCCACGAAUGGUCCAAAGGCGCCAUCGAUGCCGGUCUCGGCCAGCUUCCACUCACGACAUUGAACUCUGUCAUAGCGGUCGUGCAUCUCGCCGCUGAUCUGCUACCGUCUGUCCCGACUCCUUCUGUAACCGCCAUCGGCCUCAGUGUCUCCUUAAUGAAUCUAGUCGGUGUUUGGUUCGGCGCUAUGCCCGUCUGCCACGGUUCCGGAGGGUUGGCCGCACAAUACCGAUUCGGUGCGCGCUCAGGGGCAAGUGUCGUGUUUCUCGGAGUAUGCAAGUUGAUACUCGGUCUCGUAUUCGGGGAGAGCCUAGUCGAUCUAUUGCACCGUUUCCCGAAAGCGCUCCUGGCUGUUAUGGUUAUUGCGGCUGGUCUGGAACUAGUCCGCGUCGGCGAGAGCCUGAAUACCUCUGGCGCGCGGGACCUGGGAAGACAUGCCGAGGACGCGAAUGAUUCGUCUCGGUUCCAUUUAAGCGAGGAGGAGCGAACGCGCAGGUGGAUGGUCAUGAUGAUUACAGUAGGACUACUGAUCGGGUUUAAAAACGACGCUAUAGGGUUCGUGGCGGGAAUGCUAUGUCACUGGGCUUAUGAGUUGCCAGGCCUUGUACACCGUGCAAAACACCGCUGGUCGGAGGGGAGAGUUCGGCUGCCAUAAGAUCUAGCAUAAGAGAAAGCAAUACGGUAUACACUAUACAGGACAGGGAGCAAUUAUACACAACUUGAAACGACUGCAUCGGAAAAUUAUGGCAUUUACGACUAGAUAAACAGAGCAGAGCAUAAGAGUACAUCUCCAUCUCAAAUCAAUUUCAUGGCGUCAUAGAAUCAUCCCAUUCUCCUUGUGUCACUGUUGAAACAAUUCUCAACUGGUUUUCUCAAAGUCAUCCUCCUCAUCAACAUCCUCAAUCCUCCUCGUCAUACCCUCGGAUUUCGCGUCAGGCAAGGCAGCUAACUCUCGUCCCUGCUCGUCAAAGCGGCGCUCCUCGACGAUAACGGGCUGGCCAAGAUCUUGCUGGAUUGUGCGGACAGUGGUCGUGCCGUCGGGCUCGGUGUGCGAAGAGGUAGUGUAGCG